AUGGAGGGUAUAAGCUUGCCUGAACUAAGUGAUGAGCAAAUAGAACACGCUCUCUCCUGGUUCGCGGUGUUCGCGGGGAGGGAGCUGGCGGCGGACGGCGUGUUCGUGCGGCGCGCUGAAGGUGACGCCGGAGGGUGGCGCGUGGAGUGCCGCCGCGCGCUGGCGUCGCGGGCGCGGGUGGCGGAGGUGGUGGUCCUCGCGGAGGGCGGCGUGCUGGUGCGGGCCAGGGCGAAGGCGUCGAUCGGGUGCCUGACCAGGCUGGAGGGGAUACCGGAGGAGGAGCCGUGCGGGUGCGGGGCCUGCGGGGAGGAGGAGUGGGAGGUGGUCGGCGACGACGACGGCGGCAGCGACGACAGCGGUGACGAUGAGUGCUGGAGGGGGCGCGAGGAGGCGGCGGAGAUGGAGACGGUGCGGUGGGCGCUGGAGAUGGGCGCGUGGGCGGUGUGCGUCGGCGUCGGGCUGCUCGCCACCGCCCGACGGUUCAGCCGGAAGCGGCCGCUCCGGUGA